AUGAAUAUGACUGCCGAAGAGAUGGCAGCAAAGGCGGGUGAGGCUGUCAUGGUCGGACUGCGACUUUGGUGUCGCCGGGAGAGGCAGAUGUUAGGGCUUGACGAUGUGACCGCCGUGGUGGCCCUGGCCUGUGUUUUGGGAUGUGGAUCGUCAAUCGUCGCCAUGACGCAUUAUGGACUGGGCCGACAUAUCUAUACAUUAUCCCCUCGACAGAUAAUACUAUACCUCCGAUGCUUCUGGAUAUCGAUCGUGUUCUACACUUACGCGCUCUUCGCCAUCAAAUUGACGUUUCUAAUCCACUACUACCGAAUCAUGUCUGUCUCCAACAUGAGAUGGCUAUACUUGGGCGCACUCGGUUUCAUCAUCCUCUGGGGUAUCAACCAAGGCAUCGGGGUAUUUCUCUUUUGCAUCCCACUCCAAUCUUUCUGGGAUCCACAUGUCAAGGGACAGUGCUUCCUUUCCCGGCCUACUAUGUGGUACGUCAGUGGUAUCGUGCACAUAGUCACUGACUUCGCAAUCAUCGUCAUGCCUCUACCCAUUGUUUGGAAACUGCAGCUCCCACGAUCUCAAAAGAUAUAUCUCACCGGCAUUUUCGGCCUAGGAUCACUUACCCUAGCGAUUGCUAUUCUCCGCAUGCAGUGGCUUGACCCUGUUGCAGAUAUCACAUGGUGGAAUGUCACAGCAGCUUCAUGGUCCAUGGCAGAAAUCGUGUCUGGAAUAACUUGUGCUUGUCUUCCGACUUUCAAGCCCUUGUUAGUUGGUAUAAAGAAUUGGUUCCCACGAUUGAAUCAGGGAGAUAGCACUAUUUGUCUUCGGGACCAAGGAAGUGAAGGGUUUACUGGAACAACCUUGGCUGCCUUUGAGGGCCAUGGAGGUGUUGGUACUGGGCCGAAAGUACCCACUAGUAUCUCAACAUACGGCACUCAGACGAGCAUAUCGGCAUUCCAGGGUGGAAAGAAAUCGAAGAGGAAUGAAACACAGACGGUAUAG